AUGAAUAAAAAUAAAAUUGUUAUCGUUGAGAGUAGUUUUCCUGGUGUUGGUGUUCAAUAUAUUCUGCCAGCUUUGUUAAUUUUAAGUGCCCGCAAAGCUCUUUUCACAAAAAUUGGUUCAAACACAAUUCCAUUAAAUGUAUUAUCAUCUCCAUUUACACAUUGGUUAUGGCCUAUAGGAAUUCUUUGUUGGGCUGUUUUUGCAAUUUUAAUUGUUUCUUUAAAUAUUUUUCAUUUAGGAUAAGUGAUAAUUUUUGCAAAAUAUUUUUGUCUUUUUCUUUCAGUCUUUCC